AUGGAUGGGCCACACCGGUAUUCUGCCGAUGUCGCCUCUGCGGUAUUUCAGAACCUGCAAGACCAGCACCAAUGGGCAUCGUUGGAAAUCCUUAGCAUCCCAGGACUGUCGCGGCCAAUGAUUCGAGGCCUCCCACCACGCCUCUUAUAUCUCCACCCAGACGAUCAGAUAGCAGCUCUUGCAUACGAAAAGUCAGCUGGGACAAGGGCUCAACAUGACGCGGAGUUUGAAUGGGUGCUAGCAGUCCAUCUUGCCGAGAAAUGGACGCUUUCUAACUUUGCGGCUGUCAUGGACGCCCUCCCGGAUGCUCGCAAGGGUGCCAAGCGGAUUGUCCUGGCCGCCUUGCAUAAUGACUCAACCGUUGUAUACUAUAUUGUGCAAGAAGGAAUGAUAAAGCCUCGUCAGAACUAA